AUGAUUUCAGAUGAGUCAAGCAGUGAUUCCGAAACAGGUAGAUUCAAAGGUCGAGCAAAGACCCAAGAUGAUAAAUCUACUAAUCAAAAGGCUGAUGAUAUUAGAGACUUGGGAAGAAGUAGACAAUCUGGAGCUGAUAGAUUUAAUAGAAAUUUUGACAGAAAAAGAGAAGAGCGAUCCCGCUCUGAUAGAUAUUCUAGAGAUAGAGAACGCGAACGUGAUAGACACAGAUAUUCUAGAUAUUCUCCUGUAAACAGAAGGAGACAUUCAAGAGAUAGAAGCCCAAACAGAAAAUCUCAUGAGAGUAGGAUCAGAGAAUCUAGUGAUAAGCCAAGGGUUAAAGAACAUAGAAGUAGUAGUAGAGAUAGACAUAAACAUUCUGGGUCCACCUCUCGAUCUUAUAUAGCUCAUGAUUUUAGAAAAGAAAAAGAAGUUAAGGAAGAUUUACGUCAUAAACCAGAUCACGGUAGAAGUCGAGAAAGGUCCAUCAAAAAAUCGAAAGAAAAAUCAUUAUCUCCUGAUCAUAGAUCCAAGAGAUCUGAGAUAUAUAUUCCCCCACCUGCUGCUGCGCUAAAAAGAAAAAGUGAAAGCCCAAUAGUUAUUGAAGAGCAUGAUAGUGAUGCAUCUGCUGAAGUGCAGCCUGGCUCUUAUUAUAACAUGAUCCCAGCUGUCGUUAAGGAGAAGACCGAUGAAUCGAGUGAGAUUGAUUCUUCUGAUGAUGAGAGGCUAAGGGCGAAACUUUUAAAUUUAGAGAGAGAACUACAAAAAACAAAAAGGAAGAAACAUAAGAAAAAACACAAGAGAAAAAGUUCGAAGUCCAGCAAAGACAGGGAGAGGGACGCUUCAGUAUCAGUAGAAGUAAGUAGCACAACUGACAUUGAUGUAAAAGCUGAUGUUACAAAAAACCAAACUGAGCCUGUAGAAGAUGUGGUGGUCUCUUCUACACAAAAAGGUGCUCAAAAAGAGAGUUGCGAAGAAGGCGAGAUAUCAAGUGACGAUUCUCAGAGUGCAAUUGAAAUUGAUCCAACAGACUUGAGACACAAGUUGAGGCGCUCGGCUCCCAGGGGCGACGACAAGUCAGCUGUGGACGUGUGUGGGCCCGCGCUGCCGCCACAUCUCGAGAAACGGUUCGAGCGAAGCGCCUCACCAAAUACGGAGGGUCCAGCUCUACCACCCCACCUUAUCAAGAAUUCAAAAAAUAUAGGACCUUCUAUACCUGAUGAUAUGCGCAAAGUACUAGCUGAAAGAGAAGUCGUUAAAUACGAAAGUUCAGAUGAAGAUAUGGGCAUUGGACCUUUACCUGCUGGCUCAGAGGAAAAAUGGUCAGACGCGCACCGGCGACUCGAAGAGAGAGCAUUGGAUAUAAAAAUAAGAAAUUUAGAUGGCCAUUCCGAUACCAGUAAGAUGAAAACUAGGGAGCAGUGGAUGUUGGAGCUGCCUGAGGGCAAAGCGAAGAUUAUCGGAUUGGAGGCACGUAGCUUCAGAGCUAAGGAGGGCCCUGACAUGUCGGACAGGUCGAGUUGGACAGACACUCCAGAAGAGAAAGCAAGGAAAGCAGCUGGACUUGUGAAAGAAGAAGAUGUGGAAAUGUCCUUAAAACAAGAAGCGAGGAUGCGCCACAUCGCUUCCAGGGACGACGAGCAAGAAGCAGCCGUCAAAAAACAUAAAAAGAAACACAAGAGAGAAGAAAGCCUCCUAGAUUUACAUCAAAAGAAAUUGAAAAAGAAGAAAAAGAAGGACGAGAAAGAAGACGGCAAAAAGGAGCGUCGUCCGUUCAGUCGAGACGUGGAUCUUCAAGUAAACCGUUUCGAUGAAGCCCAGAAGAAAUCCAUCAUUAAAAAAGCACAAGACCUGAACUGUAGGUUUUCCAGAGGAGAAGCUAAAUAUUUAUAG